AUGUUUAUUUGUACAGCAUGUCGUGUCUAAGUUUAAAAAAAAAAAUUGAAAAACAAACUAUCUAGGUACAAAUGAUUUUUGUAAUGGUUGGCAGUGUUUCUCAUAUGCGUGGAUGGUAGUUAUUCAUGGUUCGCGAAUUAAAUAAUACUACAUUGAUGUUAAAUGUGAGGCUACAACUUAGAUAAUAUGCUCCCUCUCACGAUACUAUGGCUAUGGCUGGUGAAAUCGUCGAUAUGCCUCGAUUACUCAGAUUACCCCGCAGAUUACAGUCCUGAUAUAUGCGAAAAUUCAAACGCGUACGACUUCAUCGUAGCCGGAGCUGGUAGUGGAGGUUCCACAUUGGCCAGUCGUCUCAGUGAAGAAGCUUCCUGGACCGUUUUACUUCUCGAGAAAGGUCAAGAUCCGCCACCUCUGAGCGAAACUCCGAUUUUAUGGGCCAGUUUAUUAAAAUCCGAUGUCGAUUACAAGUACGUUUCUCAACCGGACGAGUUUCUUUUCAAAGGCCUCGAGGGCAACGUGUCGUCAAUCCCGAGGGGGAAAUUAUCCGGAGGAUGUUCUUCGGUCAACGUCGCCGUUUAUUUACGAGGUCAUAGGAAAGAUUACGAUACAUGGGAGAAGCUCGGUUGCGACGGAUGGAAUUACGACUCGAUCAAAAAGUAUUUUUUGAAAUCCGAAGAUUACAGAGGAUAUUCACCCGAAAUUUACGAGCAUCAUAAAGGAGGACCUUUGACCGUAUCUGCGUACGAAUCACCCGAUCCAGCGGUUGAAGUAUUUAGCGAAGGAUUCGCCGAAAUGGGUUUACCUCGAGUGACCGAUUUAAACGGUCCGGUUUCAGUAGGGUAUGGAUCUGCUGAUAGCACGACUAGAGAUGGUAAAAGAUGCAGUACGUACAAGGCGUUUAUUUCGAUAACUAAACCGCGUAAAAAUUUUCAUUUCGCGAGAGGUGUGACUGUUCUGAGGGUAGUGUUUGAUGAAACGUUGAAAAGAGCUAUAGGUGUAGAGGUUUUGGCUCCCAGUGGUAAAAAAUGCGUCAUUAGGGCGACAAAAGAAGUGAUUUUAUCGUUAGGAGCGAUAGGGUCGCCUCAAAUUCUAAUGUUAUCCGGAAUAGGACCAAAGAAACAUUUGAAAAAAAUGAAAAUUCCAUUAGUAGCCAAUUUACCAGUAGGUCGGAAUUGGCAAGACCAUCCUUGUUACGUCGGGUUGGUAUUCACCGAUCGAAAAAAUCGUUUACCGGAUCAAAUCAAAGCCGAAUCUUUGCAGCUGAUCAAAGACACGUACGCUUUGUACCAAAAUGGCAUAGCUACGAUGGGUAUGACUAAACUUAUGGCAUUUAUUAAUACGAAAAAUGACGGAACAUCGUACCCUGACAUACAACUCAUGACUAUGAGGAUAUCCUACCAAACCAUGUGGAGCACGGUAAAUAAACGACAUAAACUAUACAAUAUGUUCGGCUUAUCCGAAGAAACGGCGAGUUUUUUCACAGAUCUCAACAAUCAGUCGGAUUCGAUAUUCAUAAUUUUGAUUCUAUCCGAAAGCAAAAGCACCGGAUACAUGGAGCUGAACUCGGCCGAUCCUUUGGAUUACCCGAAAAUAUACCCUAAUUUUUUACGACACGAGGAUGACUUUCAGUCACUACUGAAUGGAGUUAGAUUCGUUGAAAAGUUUGCCCAAACUGAGGCUCUGAAGAAAUACGGGUUCGAGUUCGAAUUCAUCGAUUACCAAGCUUGCAGAAAGUUCGAAAAAGGCAGCGACGAAUACUGGAGGUGCGCAUUUGAGCAACUUCUUUCAGGAUUUUAUCAUCCGGGAGGUACGAAUAAAAUGGGUGCUGAAAGUGAUCCAACAACUGUGCUCAAUCCUCGCAUGAAAGUUAAAAAUAUCGAGAAUUUACGAGUGGUAGAUGCUUCAGCGAUGGCGAAAUUGGUCUCGGUUAAUCCGAACGCCGCUGUUAUAAUGAUGGCAGAAAAAGCAGCCGAUAUGAUUAAAGAAGAUCAUUGCGUGAUGAACUUCGAAUAGAUUUAUUAGGUAGCUAUUUAUUCGAUGGUUUUGUUAUUUGCGCGAAUGCAGAUUGCAUGCAGUCUAAUCUGUAAAAUAGACCAAGACAUGAAAUGGGAAAUUUCAAACUGAAUCUACAAAACAGGUAAAGUCAUUGCUCAUCUCUUUGAAACAUUGUAAAAAUUGUCAACUUUUUGAAAUAAAUUUUUGAAAAUAAAA